AGACUAAAGCCGCACAUUCUCUCCCCCUCCCCAACACCCGUAUUUUGAAUCGUCCCGACCAAUCCACACAAACCUCUCUGUGCCUCGACGUCUGGUUCUCCACCACUCAGAUGUUCUACGACCUCAACGUUCCCUGGGCUCCCACUUCCCCGGAUCUUCCGCGAACCGUGGCUUUCCUGAACGAGCGUAAGGCAUCUCGUUUCUUCGGAGUUGGGAUACCAUUAGGAAACUGACCGUCGAGCAAAUAGUGGGCUACAAUGUGAUUGCCUUAUCCCAUACCCACUCGGGGAAAUUCCCGCAAAACCAAGUAUGUGAUUCCCCCCCCCCCCCCGCCACCACCACCGCUUCUGCCGUACUCGGGCUUCCCGUUUGUUCGUUUAUCUAUCCGGGGGGUCCCGCUAAUACGUCCAUUUUCUCUCCAGCUCAAUCCAAUCCCGGAGAAUCCCUUUCCCAAACACCCGAACCUCCAAAUACUCCGCCGAAUAACGGUUAUCCUUGGUGACCCCUCUCAGAACCACCGACUCGCCGCCCUAACCUCCGCCUAUGACAUUGUUGCUCUGCGGCCUACAAGCGAGAAGCAUCUGUUGCAGGCCUGCAAGGAAUUGGAUUGCGACCUCAUCUCUGUCGACCUCUCGCAACGCAUGGGCUACCACUUCAAGCAUAAGACGGUUGGACUGGCGAUCCAGCGGGGGAUAUUCCUCGAAAUAAACUACUCUGCUAGCAUCAAUGAUAUCACCGCACGAAGAAAUCUGAUAGGAAACGCAGCAGCAUUAAUACGAGCAACAAGAGGACGGGGAAUCGUCAUUAGCAGUGAAGCGAGGAGAGCUCUGGGCGUCAGGGGCCCAUUCGACGUGAUCAAUCUCGCAACACUAUGGGGAUUAAGUCAGGAUAAAGGCAGAGAGGCGGUGGAUGGGCUUCCUCGUCUAGUGGUGGUAUGGUCUCCCCCGGAUUCUUAUGUUUUGAGUAUUGCGGACUGGACCGAGCUGAUGUUACUGGCUAGGCACAAGCGAAAUUGAGAAGGACUUCUUUCCGAGGUGUUAUAGAUGCUGUCGCCAACGAGCCUCCCCAUGGAAAUAAGCGAAAAGCAGAAGACCAAGCCGACCCAUCAGAUCAACCAAUGACAGAAGCAAGCCCAAAGACAAAAGACACGGAGGCCCUACCAAAGCUAUCCAAGAAAGCUCGAAGAGCCUUGGCCCGUGCGCCAAAAUCAUGAGCCACUCAUCCUAUUAUUCAACAGGACUGUACUGCUGCCUACUGUAUAACAGAUGACUGAAAGAUGGAGUCUGGUGCAUGUUUGAAUAGGUCCUUUAAUAGAUAUCUCAAAGGUCAAAUUUCAAUUACAAAAUCCAACCCUCUGUGCUGUCCAACCAACCCUCUUACGCAUAUGUCCCGGCACAGACCCGUCGAACUCUCCACACACACACAAGCUUUUGAGCCUCAAUGCGCUCCCAUCCCGUCAUCCACCCCUUACCCAUCCGGCCGCCUGUCAUCCUGCGGGGUUGUGCCCUGGUUACCCGGAUUGCGCGUUACUCCGUACAGUACAUUUACGGCACGGGGCCGGCAUGCUGCGAAACUACCGGUAUAGUCUAGUACACUCGAGCACACUGUAUAUGCAUGCAUCCUCGUACAGCUUACAUUGCAGCCUUUAGAGGAGCCUGGCGAUGGCGGUGAUGGUGAGUUGUCUAAGUGUGGGAGCGGCAGGAGGGUGAUACCGGUAGGUUAGCUGGUGGAUACUGUACUCGAGUAGUGGAGGGGGGUGGCCGGAAGCUCGGUUGUGAGUGGAUAGAGAAUUCUAUUUAUUUAUUUAUAUAUUUAUCUAUUUAUUUCUUCCCUUUUACACUUCUCUAAAUAAUAAUGGAGAUUGGACCCUGGAGGUUGCAUGUGCUCAUCUGAUGGGGUGGGAGGGGUGGUUUGGAUGGUUUGGACGAGGUUUGAGGAGGGGGGAGAGGCGGUGUUCAUGGUUGGGAAGUUUAACCAUCGGGAUAUUGGUACCGGGCAAAUCUUCCAUGAUGGGUGGAAGGUCGUGGAAGGGAAGAUACAGGCGGCUAAUGCCCUGGGCUCUGGUAGGAGAUUCAUUGUAGACCUGUGUGUCCUCUUUCCUGAGACGUCGCUAGGGGAUGCAUAAACACUUGCCCAGUCGGGCCUGGGGAGGCUGCGGAGAUGCUGAGACUGCCGUAGCAUCAUAUCAUACUCCGAUUAGCAUGGGCUCGUUUUCCAUGACCGAACAUUUAGGAUCUAUAGUAUGUCACUCGGACUCCGAGACAGGGUAUUAACUUACUGUGGAGGGAUACCGGUAUAUCAUAGCCCGUCGAGGGUCCGUUUACCU